AUGGGAAGUUCUGGUGGAACGCUUAUCUUGUGGAAUAAAGAUUUGGUGGAAGUCAAGGACUCUCUUGUGGGGGAUUACACUCUAUCAGUUCAUCGUAUUAAUAAGCAUGAUGGUUUUGAGUGGGUCUUAACAAAUGUAUAUGGACCUAAUAAACCUCAUGAAAGAGCUGAUUUUUGGGAUGAAUUAGACAACAUCUGCAGAUUUUGGGACCUCCCUUGGUGCUUAGGAGGUGACUUUAAUGUCAUAACCAAAUGUGAUGAGAAAAAGGGCUGCAAUAAGAUCACUAAGAGCAUGGAGAAUUUUUGUGAUUUUAUCUUACAACACAACCUCAUUGAUCUUCCUCUCAAGGGUGCUAGAUAUACUUGGUCUAAUGGUCAAGUUAAUCCUGUCAUGUGGAGUUCUAGUACAAUUCUUUGGUGCAAAUUAAAAGAUUUAAAAGAGAAGCUGAAAGAGUGGAACAAGCUUACUUUUGGUCACACAAACACAAAGUUGAAUCAUUUGUUGUCAGAGAUUCAUGACCUGGACUUAUUAGCUGAAGAUACUUCUUUGUCUGAAAUUCAGUUGCAGGAUCUGGUAAACUGUAAAAAAGACUUUAAAAAAGUCACAACUAUGGAGGAGGUCUCAUGGAGGAUAAAGUCUAAAACCAAAUGGCUGCAAGAAGGUGAUAAAAACACUUCUUUCUUCAUCAGUAAAGCAAGUGCAAGAAGAAGAUACAACAGGAUCAUGCAGCUUUACAUUGAUGGCACUUUGGUGGAUGAUAGACUGAAGUUGCCGGAGCACAUUUUGAGUUUUUAUAAAACUUUGUUUACAGAAGAAGAAAUUAUUAGACCUGCCUUAGAAGGUAUUAAUUUUGAUAGCAUAAACUCCAUUGAAUCUGGUAUUUUAGAUUCGAACUUUACAGAGGAAGAAGCUUUUCAAGCAAUCAAAGAUUUGGGACACGAUAAGGCACCUGGUCCAGAUGGUUUUCCUGUCAUGUUCUUUCAUAAAUGUUGGGCCUUCAUUAAAGCUGAUAUCAUAGAAUGA